AUGUUUUAGAAUAUCGUUCAAGAGUCUAGUUACUUAGAGAAAGAGAUUUCUGUUUUUGAUCUUCAUUCUCCUAAAACUAUGGAUUAACAAUCGAUCCAUGAUUAAGAAUCAAAUUUUCAUUGUACCAAAUUUUCUUUAUUUUACUACAUAGUGUCAUUUUUUACCGAUGAACCAAUUUAAAAAAAUAGAGAUUAAGUAUCAUCUUUAAUGCUACUUAAAGAGGAGAAGACUUAUUCUAAUUACAAAAAUUAGGAUAGGAGCAAAAUUAAACAGAAAGUUUGGAAUGAUGAAGAAGAUUAAAAAUUAAAAUAUCUAUUUAAUCUAUAUCAAGGAAAAUGGAUAGAAAUUGCUAAAUGCAUGCCAUAAAGGAAUGCAUCACAAUGUCAAUAAAGAUGGAGAAGAAUAAAUCCAUCAAAAUAUGUAUAAUCUUUCAUUUAUUACAAUAUAGAUAAAACAUAUUUGGACUUAAUAAGAAGAUGAUUAAUUGAAACAAUUGGUAUCAAAAUUAGGUAGGAAAUGGGUGAAAAUAGCCAAAUGUAACUGUAUCUGUUAUAUUAUUUAUAGUCCUUGGUAACAUAACUGGUAAAUAGGUUCGUGAUCAUUAUAUAAAUAAAUUGGACGAAUCAAUCAGCAGAGACCCAUGGAGUUAUGAGGAGGAUAUGUUUAUUUUAAAUUAUUUUGUUACAAAUGGACCGAAAUGGACAUAAAUUUCUAAUUUACUUGUUGGAAGACCUGUAUAUAAACUGUUAUUAUAUUUUAAGGAAAAUCAUGUUAAAAAUAGAUUCUAUAGUUUCAUUGUUAGGAAUUAUUUAGGACAACAAAGUCGAUAUCAGAUUAUUUAUUCUUGA